GCCAAGUUUCCCGGCUGGAGGGGUCCGCCAGUCAGCUAUAGUGCCGGCUAAGGUGCCACAAGUGCCCGCGGGUGCCCAGUUGGCGCUUCGCUCUCUCUCCCAGCGCUCACGUAAAAUGUGGCACUCUCCCUGACUCUCUCCUGCUCUUAGUGUUGUCGUAGGAGACUCUGCCCGGGUGCCUCCUGAAGCAAAAGGGAGAAAACUGAAGCAAUUAUCACAUGUGCUUCCAUAUCCCGUUAGUGCCUCGUGUGGGUUAAGGAAAAAUAAAAAUAAAUAAAAAUAAAAAUAUGAUAAUGUUUGAUAAAGUAUGUGACAAGGGGAAACCUGGAGAUACGAGUGUGUUGGGAUGACGAAAAGGGAGGUGAGGGAUUCAUUGAUAAUCCCCCAGGAGAGUGAAAGAGAUUGAAAAGAGAGAGGAGGAGAAGAAUAAGUGAGUGAGAGAUUAAUAGCAAAGAAAAACAAACGAGAGAUUGUAAGCGAGGGUUAUAUUGUGGUGUUACUGGACGUGUUGUUGUUGUUUAUUAAGAUAGAGGGAGAGAGAGAACCCCUACAUGAGGACGAGUAGUGAGGUGGUGGAAGGAGAGAGUCACAUAUUCGUUGAGACAUCAUUAGUAGUAGAAGAAACACGUCGCCAAGAUGACAACCUUCUGUCGCAUCACCGGCUGUGCCCGCAACCUCCCCAAGCCUUGUUACUUCCCCCUGCUGCCGCCCAUCACGCCCGCCGAGGCCAAGAAACUAUGCAAGAUCACCGGCAAGGCGUCAGAUAUCCACUCUUACUCCCCCAUCAUCUCCUUCGGGAAACCAAUCCGCUUCGACGGUACAGAGGGAUGCAAGAUCACCAAACACGAGAGUUUAAUCUACCUUAGACCUGUGUUUGAGAGGACCAAAGAAAACGAGAAGAAUUACUUCCAGUUAGAGGACGUACUGAAGAAGAUGAAAAUAAAAUUGAAGAAGCGGCCGGAUAAUGAUCAUGAGUUUGUGUACCACAUGUCCGAGCAGAAGACGAACCUGGUGGUGCCCCCGGAGAUGGAGGAAGCUAUCAGGCUGGGCGAGCUGGAGACCUUGUCCAUGAGCAAGGACAGCAAGUACGUCAACGUCAAGAUCAGAAUGGGACGUAUUAUCAAGAUGGACCUCAGGACGCUCGCGUUUUCGGAGAUUGUUGACCGUGAAAACCUGUUCUACGGCCGGGGACAGAACAAGGACGUACUGGAGGAGCAGCAGAAGAUCCUGGACGAGAGAAACAAGAGGAAGGCGAACACACUGGCCAGGAAACAACGCUUCGAGGCUCUUGAUGCUAAAGCUGAAGCAGAGGAACUGAGAGACACCGUCAAGCCCGCGUACAACAAACCCAGAGUAAAGUUUAACGCCAAACAGCGAGCAGAGAAACUAGCCAAGAUGGAGGCGAUGCUGAAGGAACAAGCCGAUAACAAGGCAAUUCUUCUCCCUAAAGUUGACGUCAAGAAACUGCAAGACGAGCAGCUGCAGUAUGAGAGAAUGCUGGCGGACAUUAUGAAAGCUCAAGUGUCCUCGGUAAAAAUCAUAGCCGUGGCCUCGGGUCUGGAUUGGCAUGCUGUCAACGAGGCUGAGAGCGUCGGCUUCGACUGGGAGAGCUUCCCGCACGAGGAAUGGAUCGACCCCGUGGAGUUCCAGGAAACUGUAGUGGCUCAGGAAGAAGUAGUGACGAGGGACGAUGUGACGAACCUCGAGAUCGUUGUGUCGGUCGAGACCGUCAGACCUGCACUGCCGAUGCCUCAGGAAGUAGCGAGGGUAGUUUACCAUAUGGAGGUGGAGGCCCUGAAGAAGACUGAACAUGUUGCUGAAACCCUGAAGUCCACGAAAGACGUGGAGAUGAUCCCAGCCUUCACUGAGAUCAACAAGAUCGCAAUGGGUAUCGAGAACGCUGAGUUAGGGUACUUGGUGAAGAAGGAGGAUGGGGUCGAGUUUGUGGCCAAGUCAGAAUACGUUCCGGGCGAGAUCCAGGCCGUGUCUGGGGCCCUGGUGGAGGUCGACGAAAAGAAGAAAUUCGUGGCUGGUCAGAUCAUUAAGUUAGCUGACCAAGAGUCCUUCGUGGCCGGCCAGACGGUGGAGACGCCACUGGGGAAGAAGUUUGUACCUGGUCAGACUGUCAUGAACAGUAAAGGGGACAUCAACUUCGUGCCUGGUCAGUGCGUCAAGUCGCUCGACGAGAAAAUUAAUUUCGUGGCUGGUCAGAUAUUCAACAGUCCUAAUGGUCCAAAGUUCGUGGCUGGACAAGUGAUGGACCGAGGAAACGGCGAGUCGGUCUUUGUGGCUGGUCAGACAAUCGACACCGAUGAUGGACCGAAAUUCAGUCCAGGUGAGGUGACUGUGGACGCCUACGGUGAGAACCUGUUUGUGCCUGGCAUGAAGAUACCUACUGAAGGAGGCGACAAGUUCGUCACGGGUCAAGCAUUCCAGUCCGAGGAAGGUCUUACCUUCAAGCCGGGUCAGAUCAUGGACACCAUCGAGGGCCCAACCUUCGUGCCAGGCAAGACCUUCGACACCCCAGAGGGUAAGAAAUUCAUCAAGGGUGACCUGGUUGAGGACGAGGAAGGUACGCUCAAGUUCGAGCAUCGUCCCUUCGAGGUGUCCAAGAUCAGCGAGUGGCUCGUGAUCCCCAACAAGGAGCUCCAGCCGCUGGCCGUCGCCGACAGGAACGUGGCAGGAUUUAUUGUUAAUCCCACCAACACGGACACUGUUCAGGCUGGCGAGAAGCUGUAUGGAGACAUGGUGGAGACUCAGGAGGCUGUGCAGUUUUACAUCACUGGCAGACUGCCCAAGGAUGUCUCACCGGAGUCUAAGGUCAUCCCGGGCCAACUGAUCGUCAAUGAGUGCGACAAGAGGUUCGUUCCUGGCAAACUGAUGAACACGAUGGACGAGGAGAAGUUUGUGCCGGGUCAGACGGUCAACACCAGUCACGGGGAGGAGUUUAUACCUGGCCAGAUCGUCGAGAGCACCGACGGGCCAAAGUUUGUGCCAGGUCAGGUCGUGAUGACUGCCAGGGGCGAAAAGUUUGUACCAGGUCAGGUCAUUGUGGAGGACGAAGGCCCGAAGUUCGUGCCUGGUCAGAUCAUCCAGACCAAGAAUGGCGCCACCUUCAUCCCGGGGCAGAUGAUGAGCACAGACGAGGGUCAGCUCUUUGUCCCGGGUCAGCUGGUGGAGACGAACGCCGGGCCACGCUUCGUCCCCGGACAGGUCGUCGAGAGUCCCGAGGGGCCCAAGUUCAUCCCUGGCACAAUCAUCGAGACGGACGAGGGCCUGAAGUAUGUUCCUCCCGACGCAGACGAGAUCGACGAGGAUUUCCAGAUCUCAUUCCAAGGUUUCGAGAUCAGCGAGGAAGAACUCGCUCUCUUGAUGACCAACCCCACAGACACACGUCCUCACUCCCCCAUCUUCAGCGAGGACGGCCUCAUCGACUCCGCUACGCUGCAGAAGUUGGCUGUAAACACUGUAGUGGUCCAUGGCGUGACCCCCGAGCCUCCCCCACCAGAGAAGAAAAAGAAGAAGAAGAAAGCGAAAGUACAACUGGACGCAGCAGAAGAGGAUGAAAAACUGGAGGUGGAGGAGCCAGAUGAAGGAACAGACAAGGUGGACGUGUUGCUUAAAUUCAUCAAGGCCUCCACCUGCUACUCUGAGUCGAGGAGAGCUAAGGAGAUGAAGAAACUCUCCAGGAUGCUAGGAGAGAGGGAACACGACAACCUGACGGCCUUGCAGGUGGACGCCAUGACGCACAUCCUAGCCACGGUGAACGGGUCGGGGGAAGUGGUGCGCAUGUUCCUGGGUGAAGACGAACACCUCAUCAGCGACAUUGUAGACUACAUCGACUCUACGGACACCGACGCCAUCAGUAGAAACGACCAAGCCAGACGAACCCUCAGGAAAGCCAUCCAGAGGGUCGUGUCGAAGCGCUGCGACAGGGAGAUCGACGAUAUCAUCCAUCUCCUGAACAUCGACCCCGAGAACCUCCUCACGGACACACGCACCCAGAUCCUGCUGACAGAGGCCGUUGGUAUCGUUUGUGUCACGGGGAACGUCGAGGUCGCUGCCAUGCUGGAGAAGUUCAUAUCGGAGCCAUCUGACCCCAACGCUCUCCGUGACAACCAGGACGUGGUCUCUGUCCUGCGGCAGUUGAUCGUUCUUCACCAGAUCGCAGAACGUGACCCAGAAGUGGCCAAGAUGCUACAGGUCCUGCAGAAUAACCCUGAAGGACUGAAGGACCGCAAGAAAAUCAGAGAACAGCUAAAGACCGCUAACUUGCUCCUCAAACUGCCGAAGGAGCCGAAAGAAAACGUGGACAAGUUCAACCUCCGACACGUGGCGUCCUCCAAAGACAUUCCUACCAAGAUCUUCGAGCAAAUCCGGGAGGACAGGAAGGAGGCGGACAAAUUCAUCGACAUGUUACCUGACGAACUCUUCCGGGAGAUCAUGCAAGACAAGCGCUGUGGCGAGUCCUUCCUGGAGACUCUCGACUCUGAGAAGGCAGGAAGAGCCAAGUCAGAGCUGCAUAAGUUUAAGAAAGGGAUGGCUAUCGUGGUCACAAAGGCCGAUAUGCAAGCUGUCAUCCCCAGAGAAUUUGCUCGAUCCAUCUGCUACGGCAUCGUGCCUUAUCUGCUGAUAGACGAGGAAGGCUUCAAGUUCUUCGAGCGAGGUCUUACCGGCAGGAAGCUCGCGCCCGCCAGAGUGAUCGAAAACACCUGGUAUAUGCCGGACUCUUACUACGCCAAGAAGCCCUUGUUUGAGAGGUCCAUGUCUGGGGAGCAGUACAGCAUGGUGUUGCUCGGUAAGCGUCGCGCCUCGGCGGCCCACGAGCUCCUCUACACGUCCCUCCUGCCGUCCUCGGGGCCCACCAAGCUCUCCUACCCAAAGGGCACCAACGGUAACCUGGACGACCUACUGCCCUACAGGCGCUCCUCCAAGGCCAGUUCCAUUAUCUGGAGUGACCUGGACGGUGCGCCCCUCACCAUGCAUCGCAAGGGCCUCAACGGGCUCGCGGAGUACAACCCUACUACAAGUCGAGGGUCUCAGGGCAUCAACGGUUUUGGGGACUACAGCGUCACUUCACGUCGAGGGUCUCAAAGCAUCAACGGUUUUGGGGACUACAGCUCCAGCACACGACGGGGGUCUCAAGCACACAGCGACCUCGACGAUAUGGAGAGGUCAUCCCGCGGGGUGACUGAACUCUCAGGCCUCGACUCCGGCAAUUCUUUGUACCGUAGAGGCGCACAGGAGGAGCAGGAAGAGAGCACCUAUAACGCCGUGGUGCCAUAUAAUCCUGUCGCGCGGGAAGAAGAGUUUGAACCAGCUCCUCUCUGUCGGUCGGACACUGUCGCCAAACUCAUGGAUAAAUAUACAAACUUCUCGACCAAACGAGAGUUCGGCUACCACGCCCCGGACAGUGCCUGGUCGAGACACCUGGGAGAGACGCGGGAGUUUGUGUCGCGGCUACCAGACGUGGCUGACGAGGAGGUGGAGGAGCCAAUAGAUGGGGCUGGAUACACGCCCUCGGAGCGAAAACUAUUACCUUCAACCAAACCCUCGCCACGGAAACCUGGUAAGGACAUCAGCGGGUUGAGGGAGUCGAGGGAACACUCUCCUAUGCCGCUAUCCUCCUCCAGCAACGACAUGUCAGCUGCCAACCUUCACGAGUCCUAUGCCUUGGUUCCUGUGGAUGAUGACAUAACAGACAGGAGGCGUGAGACCAGUUCCUACAGAGACCCAGAAGCCCGGGAGACCUCUGGCGUGUCCCAGGCUCGGUCCUCCCGCCGCUACAACAAGUACCAACAGGAUGAGGAGUCCUCUACACCACCUUCUAAACGGAAGUCAAAGCGGCAGGACGCAAAAUAUCCUAUGCUGGAAAACCUGGAGGCAACUCUGCCUAUGGGGCGCCCUGGUGGUGCCCUCCAGAGGUACAGAGACAGGAAGGUCAAGGAAGCUCGGGACCUUCAGGACUACAACGAAGCCCUUAAUGAUAUCGGAGACUGGCCAGAACCUCCUAAGGAUCCUCGUGGUCGUGCGUCCAAGAGCUCAAAGGGUCGUUCUCUCCAGCAGGAUGAUGACCUCUACAGCAGUGGUGGUGGUCGUCCUUCCACACAGUCUGGCAGGAGCCGGCCAGACGAGGAUGGUGACCCCAAGGCUUCUCGAGGUGAAGACACACGCAGCCGGCCGUCACAAGAUCCAUACGGCCAAGGUGUACAGGAUUCUUACAGCCGGAUACCAGAAGAUUCCUACGGCAGGGCUUCACAGGAUCCAUACGGCAGGGCUUCACAGGAUCCAUACGGCAGGGCUUCACAGGAUCCAUACGGCAGGGCUUCACAGGAUCCAUACGGCAGGGCUUCACAGGAUCCAUACGGCAGGGCUUCACAGGAUCCAUACGGCAGGGCUUCACAGGAUCCAUACGGUCGAGAUUCCCAAGACCUGUAUGGACGAGGCUUCCAGGACUCCAGCAGCCGAGCCUCUCAGAGCGGUUACGGCCGAGACCAAGAGUACGGUCACGGCGAGAGGUCGAUGAAGGGGAGGUACGCGGGCGAGGAGGCCAGUAUAAGCGGCUACAACCCCCGACAACCAGCUUAUGGCGGUGGGUUGACGGCUGGUUAUGGUCAAGACUAUGGUGGUUAUGACACUGGUGGUGGCGGGUAUGGGAGUCGAUAUGGCGGUGGUUAUGGUGUCACUGGUGGAUAUGGUGCUGGUGGAUAUGGUGUCGGUGGAUAUGGUGCUGGUGGAUAUGGUGCUGGUGGAUAUGGUGCCGGUGGUGGUGCGGGUGGUUAUAACACUAUAGGCGGUUAUGGUGGUGGGUAUGGUAUGACAGGAGGAGUAGGAGGGUAUGGUGGUGGUGCUAGUGGUGGUAAUGCCAUGUACAGCAGAGGUUAUGGGGCCAACAACAUGCCCACUGGCCUCGACACACAAGGUCUGGCCCCAGUUAGUGCCUUCACCCCCGCCGGCGCCCGACUCAACCAUGGGCGCUCUACCAGGUCCCCCUUAGCGCAGAAAUUCCUCCCCAACAUUGACGAGGAAGACACACACUCCGGCAGGAGCUUCACGCCCCGGGAGGAGGAGCGUCAAAGGAUCUCUUCCUUGGCCCAGAAGUACCUCAAGAAGUCCUACUUAGACGAUGAGUGAUGGAAGGAUGGUGGACGCUCAGUCAAUCAAUUCUUUCAAGUGAUCACUAAUGGAUUGAUCAUCAACUCCAACAAGAUGGACAGAUUAAGUGAUUAGUUCCUGUAGUGAUCACUUUUUGAACAGCUGAUCAAGAAUUAGUUUUCUGUAAUUAGAUGACUUGAUCACUAACUCCACACUUGGUCAGUUUUCGGAAGUUUGAUCAACUCCUGAUCAGCUAAAACACUCUGAUAAUAAGUAUGUGUUUUUUUUCUAUUAAAUAACAAUCAAAGAAUGAUCAGCUAGUGGAAGUUUGAUCAGCUAGUGAACACAAAAAUACUCCGUUAUUGGACGUCUGAUGAACUCCUGAUCAGUCAUCACUAACCAAAACUUAAACUGAUCAAUAAUAAAACAAUAACAGUAAACAAUUAGUUAAUAAAGUGAUCAGAAAAUAAAACAAUGAUCAGUUAAUACAAUGAGAAUCAGUUAAAAAAAUUAUCAGUUAAUAGCAGUGAUGAAGAAAAUAUAAUCGACUCAGUGAAUGAAAUAAAUAAGUUUUUAUGUAAAUCAACGAAUUCAUGUAUUACAAAUUAUCAAACUAAAUAUUAACAAAAACUCUAAAUUAUGUUAAAAAAAAGUGAUACUGUUUAUAUUAACUUGUAAAUAUAACAAUAGUCUUUCUUUUUUAUCUUUUGGUGGUAGAGUUUUUAUUGUUACUGAGUGUUGUAUCGGUUAUGGUGUUGGUGUAUAAGAUCUGUUUUUUCUUUUGACACAUUAACUGGAGACUGAUAAUAUCUCGUUUUUUUUUCUUUUAAUUUCUUUUCUUUCUUUGUUACUUUAAUUGGUACUGGAUAAUCAACGUAUGGUGAUCAGUGAUGAGGUCUGAUCAGGUUGUUUGGGUAUAAUAGUGAGAAAAGAUAAAGAAAGAAUGAAAACAACUGAGAAGCAAGACAGAAAAAUUAAAAUAAAUGAAUAUCGAGACAAAAAUAAAAAACACAUCGUGAGAGAAAAGAAAUAAAGAAAUAAAUCAAAACAUCAAAUAAUCCAACGUUGAGAGAAUUUUUUGUAAACUGUUGACUUUUCUUUUGUUUCUAGUGAAUAGUAUUUAAGCUCCUUUUGUUUUCAUCUACACUAUGACGUCAUCAUCAGUAUUUAUUAGCUUAUUAUUAAUAUUUUAUGCCGUCAAUAGUUUUUUUUUUGUGUUUUUGCUGUAAGUUAAGCUGUAUAUAAUAAUGAAUUCAUUGUCAAAGCUGCUUCAAAAAAUGUUGUCAAUAAAUAAGUAAUAAACAUCAAUAAGCACUUCACUAAUUGGCUGAACUUUUCUAUGACGUUCGAGACGCCUAUUGGUUUUCUUGUCUAUCAAUCAUGAGAAGGGGAUAUCUGAUUGGUCAUACUUCCCCUUGACGUCAUAGGUGUUCGUUGAUUGGUGGUCAUACUUGUCUCUGACGUUGGGAGUGUUCGCUGAUUGGAGGAGAUUCUCGAUUACGUCAGAGCUUUCUAAUGAAGUCUUCAUACAGCUUAGUUUAUUCCUUCUGUUAUAGUCUUUAUGUUUUUUCUACUUAUGGGGGAAGUCCUAACAUAUCAUAUUGUGAUUACUUCUACACUCAAGCAAGAUAAACUAGGUUGUUAGUUAGUAUUUAGAUAGUUAUUAAACGUGUGAUCAUCUCGGUAUGACUUGGCUCCUUGCUCUUUGUUUACUUCGAUAGCCAAUCAGAGGUUAAAUAUUUCAACAGCCAAUUGGAUGUCGCUACGAAGGUGUGACGUCAUUGGACUCUUAUCCAAUCAUAGCCAUCCAUCAUAGAGAAGUUUAUAUUUUUUUCCUAAAUUGAUCAGAAUUAUAUGUUUAUAAAUUCUUCUCUCUUUUACAUUGAUUGUUGUUUUUACCAUUAUUUUUGGUUUAAUUUAUAAAUCACAAGAAAAGCAAAUAAAAAAAAAUAGUUUGAAGCUAAUACAGAGAGCAAGAACAAGUUAGUAAAAGUUGAUUACAUUUCAUUCUCUCUUUUUAUUAUUAUUAUUAUUAUAUAUUAUCGUCCGUCCUGGGUAUAAAAGAGUAUACCACACGUGUAAAUGUAUGUACACCUGCGUAGAUAGGUCUGUCUACCUGCUCAGGUGCACAUGCGUAAAUAAUAUGUAUGCGCACAUGCGUAGAGUCAAAUGUGUACCAACAUAAAUCAUGUACGUGUUGUUUAUAUACACACACGUACACGUACACGUUUCAUGUACAUUUUUUGACAUAUUAAAGGGAUGAAAUGAA